AGCAACAUACAACGCGUUGCAAUCAGUAAAAGUUUUCCAUUUUAAUUAAACCAUAAAAUGGGCAAAAUCAUGAUUUUGUUUACUGGUCUAGCAAUUAUUUUCAGUAUCUUUCCAGCACAAGCUACUCCCGAAUGCGACUGCGGGAGGGAGCAGUUCAUUAGAUAUGCUAGAAUACCGAGCUACAAUACCCUGUUGUCACUAAACGAGUUCGAUGUUUUCGUUGUUGACAGGACAAUGAUGGAGGCUUAUUUCGGUCUUAUUCAACCACCAGCAUUUGCUCCUGAUUUGCAUUACAGAACAACAAUCACGAGAAUACCGGGAAGCUCAUUGUACAUGCAAUCUGUAGACUCGGAGUCGCGAGGUGAAAACGCAAUGUGUAACCGUAAUGCUUUGCCUCUACGACCAGUGGAUCGUUUCGACAGUGCAUUGUUCUACCGUAAUGAGACAACUACAGUACAGGCUGUGUGGUCAUCUUGCCCAGAGAAGUACGUUUGGAACAUGUUCUGUUCCAACUACAUAGUUGGACAAAGGAGAUGCCUGCUCGAGGAAACUAUGUUUAGUCUUUAUAUACAUGGAAAUAUGGAUGAUCAACCACUGUUCAAUAUUGCGGAAGACCUUUACCGCGCCACUGGAGUCGCAUUUGGCGCAAUAAACUUCAAAUGGUUCUUUACAUUCGGCGAAAACACUCUCUGCUGAUACAUACAUGCAGGAACGAAACAAGCAGAAACAGCCAGAACUAAUUAUUUGUCGGAAACAGUGACAGCAUAACAAUCGGUUUAUAUUUGUAUCGAUCUUGUUGUGGACAUUUGUUUGACAGAGGAAAAUAAAUCAUAUAAACUAAAGAUUUGU